CACCUGUUGAUUGAAAAACAAUUUUAUUUUAGGUACUGCGUUUUACUUUUUAGUGCAUUUAUUAUUUUUUUAUUAAUGCUAUCAAGUAAUUAUAGGAUUACAGGCUCGUUAAAAGGAGUAUUAAAAAUAUUUUUGAUAAAUUUAGUUAUUUAUACAAUAAUGGCUGAAGCGACCGACUAUCAUACAUUUACUUCAAAUUUAUUUAAGGCAGUGACAGAAGAUAAAAGUGAAAACAUAAUUUUCUCUCCAGUAAGUAUUCAUGUUGUCCUGUCAUUCCUGUCUCAUGGCGCUCGAGGAAAGACCGCCGAGAAAAUGAUUAAUAAUUUAUACAUAAAAGAUAUUGAUCAACUAAAAGCUGAUUACAAAAAUGUCUUAUCGAUAUUAAAUUCAACUGACAAAGCCGAGCUGCAUUUAGCAAAUUCAUUUUAUGUACACAACGAUGUUGAGCUGGUGCAUAAAUUCACAGCUUUAGGAGUGGAUUACUACAAUUUAUUAAUUACGAAAAUAAAUUUAUCCGAUAACGUGCAAUCAGCUAAACAGAUAAACAAUUGGGUUUUGGAGAAUACAAAUAACAGAAUUACAGAUAUUAUCUCUCCUGAUGAUAUUACUGAAGAUAGCAAAAUGUUUCUCGUAAAUGCUAUUUACUUCAAAGGAUUUUGGAAAGAUCCCUUUGAUAGUCAGCGUACUUCACCUAAAAUAUUUUACACUGCAAAUAACGCUCAUGUACUUACACCAGUUAUGAUUAAAAAGGCUCAUUUUGUUCACGGAGAUUUACCUAAUUUAAAUGCAAGGUUUCUCGAAAUUCCAUACACUGACGAAAAUUUAACUAUGAUAAUAAUUUUACCCUACGAAGUUGAAGGAUUGUCUUACGUAGAAAAAAAUUUCAACUGGAGUUAUAUAAUUAACUCAGAUUCUAUUAAAGGCGAAAUAAUAUUACAUGUUCCUAAAUUUAAGAUUGAGUCUACAGUAGAUUUAGAAAAAAUUCUCACCAAUAUGGGGCUAAAAGCAAUGUUCGAAGACACUGCUGAUUUUACAGGUAUGACAGACACGCCUGUAAAAGUCAGUAAAGUCAUACAAAAAGCGUUCUUAGAGAUAAACGAAGAAGGAUCUGAAGCAGCAGCGGCUACAGUAGUACAGAUUAGACUUAAGCGAAUGGCUGUACAGACAGAAGAGUUUAUAGUCGACCGUCCAUUUAUGGUUGCCAUUCGUCACAAGCUUUGUGACAUCCCAUUAUUUAUCGGUCAAGUAAAAGCUCCAAAUUUAAUAAUAAAAAAUCCUAACAAAGACGAGCUAUAA